AUGAAGGACACAGAUAUGGAUGAUAACAGAGCCCACUUCUGCACAGACAACCAGUGUGUCUCCCUGCAUCCCCGAGGGCUGAACCCUGAGCCAGUGACUCCUGCAGCCCCUUUGUAUCCUUGCCCUAGGAUACAAAGGCAUCUUCAGGCCAUCCUGGUGUUCAUAGUUCUGAUGGUGGUCUCCUGUCUUGUGGCUCUCUCUGUGGUGGAUGACUACUACUUUGGCAGGUCAGCAGAGCUGCAAGAGGUUAUCCAGAUAUUCAAAGACCAUGUAGAAAAUUCUAGCACCUGGCUUGUGGAGAUCCAGAUGUUGAAGUGCAGAAUGGAUAAUGUCAGUUCUCAGGUCCAACUGCUUGGGAAUCAUCUUGGAGAUGCCAGUGCUGACAUCCAAAUGGUAAAAGGCACUCUGAAAGAUGCCAGUUCCUUGAGUUUACAGACUCAGGCACUAAGGAGUUCCUUGGACAUGGCUGAUGCCGAGAUCCAGAGGCUGAAGGGAGAUCUGGAAAAGGCAAAUGCUUUAACUUCCCAGACCCAGAGUUUCUUAAAAAGCAGCUCAGAGAACACCAGUGCUGAGCUUCACAUGUUAAGCAGAGGCUUGGAAGAAGCCCAGGCUGAGAUCCAGAGACUAAAGGGAAGUCUACAAGAUGCAAAUGCUCUAAACUCCCAGACCCAGACCCUUCUCAAAGGCAGUUUAGACAACACCAGGGCUGAGAUUCAGACACUGAAAGGUCAUUUGGAAAGGGCUGGUAAUAAUACACACUUAUUAAAAUCAGAUUUGGAAACUGUUACAGCCCAGACCCAAAUAGCAAACAGCCGUCUGGAGAAGACAGAUGCUCAGAUACAAGUGAUAAAAGCAAAGCUGGAAAACACCAAUAUCUUAAACUCCCAGAUUGGGACAUUAAAUGGUCAGAUGGAAAAUGCCAGCAGAGAGAUCCAGACCCUAAAAGGAGGAAUGGAGGCUAUUGCAGCCUUAAAUUCCCAGAUCCAGAUAUUAGACAGCAAUCUGCAGAAGGCCAGUGCUGAGAUGCAGAGGCUAAAGGGGGAUUUAGAGACCACAACAGCUCUAACUGCCAAGAUCCAGGGGGAGCAGAGUCGUCUGGGGACCCUGUACUCAACUAUUGCUUCAAAGGAGCAGCUACAAAGGAUCCAAAAUCAAGUUCAGCUGAUCCUGCAAGGCUGGAAGGGCUACGGGGGAAACUUGUAUUACUUUUCUUACGUCAAGAAGUCUUGGCACGAGGCUGAGAGGUUCUGUGUGUCCCAGGGAGCCCAUCUGGCAUCAGUGACCUCUCAGGAGGAGCAGGUGUUCCUGGUACAGUCCACAAGUACUGCUUAUCACUGGAUUGGCCUCACUGACAGGGGCAGUGAGGGCUCCUGGUACUGGGCGGAUGGGACACCAUUCAAUGAUGCACAGAGUAGAGGGUUUUGGGACAGAAAUCAGCCAGACAAUUGGCGACAUGAAAAUGGGCAGACUGAAGACUGUGUGCAUGUUCAGCAGAUGUGGAACGACAUGGACUGCGGUGCCUCCUAUCACUGGGUCUGCAAGCAGCCCAUGGGCCAGGCUGAGCCCAAGGCAGGCCAGAGCUAA